CGAAUCGAACUCGCGUCAACUUCAGGGAAGCCUCGUCGAUCGGCGAUGUUUCCCCGCGUGUAAUUGCGUCAAAUUGUUCGGCUCUCGUGUGUAUCGGAGCCGUCGAGCGCGGUCGGUGAUUUCAGUGGUGCGUGUGGCGCGGCCGAAUGUGAGGUUAGGGUACCGCGCCUCGAAGACGCUUCGCGAGUCCCGUCACCAGCGACCGGCGGAAGGCGCGUCCUGGACAGUGCGGCUUUGCUCUGUACGUUUUAAACUGUUUUCUUAUCAACUGGCAGGGGAGUGCGAUCAAAGAUCUACCGCGUCUCCUGCCGAUUCUCGUUCCCGAGGCGACGCUCGUUUUCCGGUGCUCGAUCGAAGCCGAUCGAAGGAGCCUUGAAAAUGGCUGCUGCCGCUGCCGCCGCUUUGCUUGACGAGCUCAUGGGAAGAAAUCGGAAUGUCCUCCCCAACGAAAAGCCCAAGGAACUUAACUGGGAGGAUCCUGAGUUCUGUAAGCUGUAUCUCGUGAAGUUCUGUCCACACGAUCUGUUCGUCAACACUCGAGCGGAUCUGGGUGCCUGUUCUCGAGUGCACGACGACGAAGCCAGGGAAUUGUUUGAGAAGGCUCCUUAUUCCUACAGGAAGCAACAGUACGAAGAUGAGUUUGUACGCUUUUGUCAGAGUAUGCUCAACGAGGUGGAGAGAAAAAUCAUCAAAGGAAAACAACGACUUGCUUUAAUCGGAAGGACAGAAGCGCCCACACUUACUCCAGCCCAAACGCAACGUAAUGAAGAACAGAUUGCAUUACUCACUGAGAAAAUAAACAAAUUGGUGGAGGAAGCCGAACAGAGUGGAAUCCAGGGGAAUGUAGAACAAGCACAAGGUCUCAUGCGACUAUGCGAUCAAUUGAAGGAGGAACGUGAGACGCUUCGUAAAUCUAAUGACAACAGUCAUUACAACCAAACUGCAGAGUUAGCUGCCGCGCAGGAAAAGCAAAUGGAAGUGUGCGAUGUCUGCGGUGCAUUCCUUAUUGUUGGAGAUGCUCAACAGCGCAUCGACGAUCAUCUCAUGGGGAAGCAACAUGUCGGAUAUGCAAGAUUAAAAAGUGCAUUGCAAGAAAUCAUGAGUAAACGUGAAAAAGCAAGAGAUGAGAAAGAGCAAAAGAGGGAAGAAGACAGGAAACAAAGGGCGAGGGCGAACGAAGAACUGGAAAGAAGGAGAAGGGAGGGUGAAAGGGACAGAGACAGAGAGAGAGAUAAACGUCGUCGUCGUGUCGACGAGGAUAAGAAUAGGCACGACUCGGCGAGCCACAGGAAUUCUGGACAUCGAAGUAGAAGUAGAUCAAGGGAAAGGCACGAUCGCCAUAGAGAAGACGAGAGUCAUCGACGACACAACAGAGAUAAAGGAAAUCGCGACCACCGGAGUUCUAGCCACCACAACCGUCGACGCCAUCGAUCCCGAAGCCGAAGUCACAAGUAACAACACUUGAUUGGUUAGUGAGUGAGAAGUAAGCCAGGUAUGCACUAAACGAUAAAUCUUUAACGUCUCAAUUACUAUACAGGUACACUACCAGGUGAGUUGCUCUUAGUCGCACAAAUAUAUAAUGAUUAACUAUCUACGCCUCGCUACUGACUGAACGUUAAAUGUCGCGCCGAUGUCAGAGAAACUCGGGACCAUCCAAUUGGGGCUUACGAUUACAAGACAGGGGACGUAAUCCGAGCGAGUGUCCAUUUAGCCGGAGAAGAUGCGACUAGCACGAAGUAGUAUAAGGAGAUCCAACGCCAAGAGUACCCAGAGAGCCUCCUCGAUGAAAUCUUGCAAUUGAUAAUUAUCGGUUGCUAACGGGUCCGCCAGUCUUUAUCGCAUUCUGUAUAUCAUCCGCGGAUUAUCGUUUCGCUUUGCGUACCUCAAUUGCAAAAUUAAAAGCAUUUACGUCGAUAGAAAAUGUUUCGGUCACGAAGGAUUGGAGUUCCCUCAUUUUCCGCAAAUGGCGCUUGCGUCGUUAGGUCAGAGAAAAUCUGACAUCCUGGGUCCCGAAUUCUGGGGCCACUUUCUGUGGAACACCGACCGUUGCGUUAUGUCUCCUUAUACUAUUUCAUGGCGACCAGGUCUAACGGUUGACACAUUGACAGUCACUUAUGAGAUUACUCCGAAGGUAAUUUCGUUUCGGUAGAUUCAACACGGUGCUUCUUUUCUCAUUGUAUUUGCGGAGCAAGGUGGGAGGAGGUAUACCCGCCCUUGCUUCGGUGUCUCUCGGAAUAUCUUCGUAGGUGUAAAUACACGGUGUAAACGGUUUAGUGCGAGCCCAACGGACCGCCGAUAGUUCGAUCGUUCGAAAUGAGAAUUAGUGAUUUAGUGGAGGGGAACAGAGUGCCUAGACCUGCCACAGUGACAGUGCCCUGCGUGACUGUGAAUAUACAAACCUAGCUUCUGCCACGCAUUGACAUGAGGUAUUUAUGCCCGAAUGAUAAUACCAAACAUGACCUUUUUAAUUAGGAGAGAGUUACAUGUUCUUUCAAGUGGAAGCCCUUUGUUUAUUUGAGAAACAGCCUCUCUCUGCCUAUCUGUCUCUAUCUCUGUCUUUUUUUAUUUAUAUACUUCUCAAUCACUGCUACCGCUUAAAGUUAGAGUAACAUAUCCCCUCCUGUCCUUCCCUCUUCGAUCUUUUCCUUUAUUCUCGAUUUUUAUUUUAUUUUAUUUUAUCGUCUGUUAUUUUUACCUUGUUUUGAGGUUAGUCUAUAUUGUUUCGUGGUUUUUAGGAAAGAGGGAACACUGGUUCUAGCGGCUUGGACGGAUCCAUCUCGUUCUUUGUUUUGACCUUCCUAUGUUUGGUUAACCUGAACUCAUCAUUCGACACUGCGAGUUUCUUGAUUUGUAGACAGCCUGUUCGGAUAAAUGUCAUUUUGUGGGAAGUGGCGUAAGGGGAUUUUCCAUUCCUUGGGGCUUUUUGAAAAAAUUCUUACCCUGUGUUUCCUUGGAAAGUUAACCGACGGCGACACUAGCGAUCCUUGCGGGAAAAGGGUUGUAACUUCGAAUGUCCGAUUUGGCGGCGCUUAAGGCGAUGUUAAAGGUUGAUAAACCGAUUCGUCUGAAAUUUUAACACGCGAUUGUGGAGGUGCUAAUUAAUCCUUUGCGGACGAGUGUCCGUGAUGUUUCGAAUUAAUCGGAGGCGCGCGAUUUCGGAACUUGUGAUUUCGAAGUGCCUUAAACCAGUUAUCCUCCCGAUGAAGUGUGUAAUGGUUUUCAGGAGAGACUUUACACGGUAAAGUUUCGAAUUUUUAGGGGAAAGCUGUUCCAUUUUAUCCGACGACGUAUAACGUCGACGCCAUAAACGAUAAAGAUUCUGAUAGAAUACAAGUUGGGAAGCUCGCGAGAGCUUUCGGCACCCACGUCCAACUUUAGACGAGUCACUGUCUCCGCUUGCUAAAUAAUUAAUUGUCUACUUUCAGAGGGAAGAGAAGAUUAAUCGAAAACGAAGACGUGCGAAGCCGUUGACAGGUGACAGCUGACUGGCAAGCGCACGCUGCUUUGUGUAUACUUAAGGUAAAGAUUUUGCAUAAAACUUACAAUUCGAGAUUCGACGUGGAUUUUGUACAGUGCAUCGGAUCAAUUUAUCGGCCGUAACGGCUGGACAAGAAUUGUCAACCGCGUAACGAAGAGAGAAAAAAAAAUUAUAAAAUCAUAUGUGUAUACAUAUAUGUAUAUGCUGACACGCACACACGUGUAUAUAUACAUGUAUAUAUGAAUUGACGUUUUCUCGAAGACCUCCCGAUGUGAAAGAAAGGAAAAAAAAAUGGAAAAUAUGGAUGGAGUAUUUUCCGCAUCUCGCAAUUCAAUUAAUUAACCUUAAUGAGACCCUUCCCGGAUGGUGUUAAUUUAAUUGGUCAACGAGUUCUGUAUUUAUGCCUACCCUAGGACUUUGUUAUUUUAUAGGUUAUAGCCUUACGCGAACAAUUUAAUUACAUGAAUUGUCGAUCGGUUGCAUUGUAAUGUUCCAACGAUUGUUAUCACUCAGACGAAUAAAAAGCACAGUGUCGAAAGGAUGCGGAUUAACGUGCCGCGAAA